GGGAAAAUGGAGGAGUGGAUGCUGUUGAUAGUUGCAAUUUGAUCGUACUGGCGAUGCCGUACCUGCAUGCACUUGUCAACAAUGGGGGGGAUUAGCCAGCAUGGCAACAGUGACAUAAACAUCACCGAACGUAUGUAUAUGUUGACUCGAUCAAGAUGUACAGGUGUACAUGUGCACCUAUCCGAUCUAACGGCCCAGUCGCACGCCGGAACACUCCCAAUGACAUUAUCCCUCUCAUCCCUCAAUAAUCGUGAAGGCCACAAAUCAGUGGAAGUUCCUUCUCGAGCUUGCUUAUCGGGAUUCCCGCGACGAGGCUUCUCGAUGGAAGGAUCUCCCAUCACCCGCAGCUUGGUCAACCUGUCCACAGUCGGAACCUGUGGUGGCGCCACACACAGCGUCGCCCACGCGAAUAAAACUUCUAGCCGUCCGUGGCAAUAUCAAUAUUGGAUUAGCAAAAGGACGCGGAUCAAAGCCCCAGAGCCCCUAGAGCUACAUAUCUCAGCCCAGGCACACCUUUUACAUGUGUUGCACCGGCGGGAUCAAAGCAGGCUGCACCUGAUGAUGUCAGCACGUGGAAAAUCCAAGCAGGAGCCCAUUCCUGGACAAUCGCCAGACGUAUCAGCGUGUUGUGCCCAGUUCAUGUGCGGCAAGCUAUAUCACGGCUUCGGCCCCUAUUCUUAAGUUGUGCCAAUGGGUAUCUAGCCACACCUAUGUAGCCGAACUAGUGCUUUGCGGAAGCGGAUAUGGGGCAGAAAUGGAAACGGGAAGAAAGUAUUUCUUGAUGGCCUAGCCUUGCA